CUUACCCAUUUCCCCACACAGACACUGUUUCCCAGUAACAACAUGUCAAGAUGGUGGCGUGCGGUGGCAACCACCACGGGAGGUCGGAGCAAGAGAUCAUAUUUCACAAUCCAAGCGAUCCCUAGAGAGAUCACCGGACCCAGAGUUUCCAGUAGAGACCGAGCUCAAGGUCGUAUUCCAGCCAUAGUCUUUUCACAGAACUACGUCCAGUCAAAACCUAAUGAUCCUACUUCUAUUGUAGCUGAUACCUCUGUUUCUAGAAAGUUCCUCCUUACUACUGAAAGGAAACAGAUUAAAACGAUCAUUGAUUCCGUUGAUCUUCCUUUCUUCUAUUCUACUACAUUUCCUCUUCAGAUUCGAGCUGGUUCGGGCUCCUCAACUUUACUCGAAUCUGGAAAAGUACUUCCCAUUAAGCUUCAUAGGGAUGAAGAGACUGGGAAGAUAUUGAAUUUGGUCUUUGUAUGGGCGGAAGACGGAACAAAAUUAAAGGUAGACGUGCCGAUUGUGUUCAAAGGGGAGCAUGAGUGCCCUGGUGUCAGGAAAGGUGGUUAUCUAAACAAGAUCAGACCUACCCUAAAGUUCUUGUGCCCAGCAGAGCAUAUACCUCAAAAAAUUGAGGUCGACGUAAGUCAGCUAGACGUUGAAGACAAAGUGUCCCUGCAGGAUAUCGAUGUUCAUCCAACAUGGAAGCUCUUAAGCAAGAAUGAUGCAAUCCCUGUUUGUAAGAUUAAGGCAACCACAGUUGAUAGCUAAUUUUGUUGAAGCUAUUUUACAAAUGCCAGACGCAUUUGAAGUCUACUAGUUCAACAUUGUUCUAGUUUGACCAGGCUUUGUCGGUUGAGUGAUGUAUAAGGACGGUCAAAGGACUUUAGAAGCUUUUGCUAUACUGUAGUAGUAAGAUUGCUAUUUUGGGACUUGUUCUAGAAUAAUAAACCUGUGCAUUAAUGAAAAA